AUGGAUAGUGAGCCCAAGAUCCAAAAUGGCAUCACCUUUGCCGGCCAGGAAUCACUGCCCAAGCUUCCCAUCCCUGAGCUUGCUUCUACAUGCAAAAAGUACCUCGAAUCUUUGAAGCCGCUUCAAACGCCUCGAGAGCAUGCCGAAACACAAUUUGCUGUUCAGGAGUUCCUGAACCAAGAUGGCCCAGAGCUGCAAGAAAAGCUCAAGAGCUACGCUCAAGGCAAGACAAGCUAUAUUGAACAGUUUUGGUACGAUUCUUAUCUCAACUACGAUAAUCCAGUUGUGCUCAAUCUGAAUCCUUUCUUCCUGCUCGAAGAUGAUCCUACUCCUGCUCGAAACAAUCAAGUCACUCGUGCUGCAUCUCUAGUUGCAUCAGCUCUAGAGUUUAUUAGGGCAGUCCGCAAAGAGGAACUUCCCCCCGACAUGUUUAAGGGUAACCCUCUAUGCAUGUACCAGUUUUCGCGCCUUUUCGGUACUGCUCGCGUCCCUACUGAGUCAGGAUGCCAGAUCGAACAAGACCCCAGUUCAAAGCACAUGAUUGUCAUGUGCCAUGGUCAAAUCUACUGGUUUGAUGUUCUGGACGACAACUCAGAUGUCAUCAUGACCGAACGGGAUAUCGCAGUCAACCUCCAGACUAUUAUUGACGACGCUGUCCAAACACCCAUCCAAGAAGCUGCCAAGGGUGCGGUUGGUGUCCUCAGCACAGAGAACCGCAAGGUUUGGUCGGGUCUGCGUGAGGUGCUCACAAGAGAGGCCGAGUCCAACAACGCAGACUGUCUCAACAUUGUUGAUUCAGCUCUUUUCGCUCUGUGCCUUGAUUACAGUGAGCCUACCAACGUCGCCGAUCUCUGCCAGAACAUGCUCUGUGGCACAAGUGAGGUUAAGAACGGUGUCCAGAUUGGCACUUGCACCAAUCGCUGGUAUGAUAAGCUUCAAAUCAUUGUCUGCAAAAACGGCAGCGCCGGUAUCAACUUCGAACACACUGGUGUUGAUGGCCAUACGGUCUUGCGCUUUGCUAGCGAUGUUUACACAGAUACUAUUCUCCGCUUUGCUCGCUCCAUCAACGGCCAGGCGCCCACUCUCUGGACAUCUACAAGCCCUGAUCCCUCUAAGCGCGACCCUGAGAGUUUUGGUGAUGUCACUACGACACCACGCAAGCUUACCUGGGAUAUGAUUCCAGAACUCACUAUUGCCGUCCGCUUCGCUGAAACUCGCUUGGCUGAUCUUAUUGAACAAAACGAGUUCCAGUGUCUCGAUUUCAGCACCUAUGGCAAGAACUUUAUCACUUCUAUGGGCUUCUCUCCUGAUGCCUUUGUCCAAAUGGCCUUCCAGGCUGCUUACUACGGUCUUUACGGCCGAGUCGAAUGCACCUAUGAACCUGCCAUGACCAAGUUUUACCUCCACGGUCGCACAGAGGCCAUCCGUUCCGUAACGGACGAAUCUGUCAAGUUUGUGCAGACUUUCUGGGGUGAUAACCCUGUUGACACAAAGAUCGAGGCCUUAAAGGCCGCCUGCCAACGCCAUACUGGCAAUACCAGAGAAUGUUCCAAGGCCCAGGGCUACGACCGUCACCUGUAUGCUCUCUUUUGCGUCUGGCAAAAGUACAUGGACGGCAUGGACAGCGGAGCCAGCAGCACUGGUAGUUCCAUUGAUGCCUCCAGCCCUGGCGACUACUCCUUCUCUGAUCGCAGCACUGCAUCUCCUGGAGUGGAAUCCCCCUCUGACCACGUUGAAGUACGCCCAAGUCGCGAACGUGGCGACAGCACAAACUCGAGAAACCGAGAAAGCCGUCACCUCCCUCUGAUUUUCGCUGAUGGCGGUUGGGAUAAGAUCAACACGACCAUUCUUUCCACUUCCAACUGCGGCAACCCGGCGCUUCGCCACUUUGGCUUCGGCCCAACCUCUGGUGACGGCUUUGGCAUUGGUUACAUUAUCAAAGAUGAGUCUAUCUCGGUUUGUGUUUCUAGCAAACAUCGACAAACCAAGAGAUUCAUUGCCACCAUGGAAAGCUAUCUGCUUGAAAUCCGCCGCAUCCUGCGUCUUUCCAACCGCAAGUCGUCUACCGCAAAGAGCAGCCGUGCUCGUGAAGUUGAAUCCAACCCGAGCACGGCCCCUAACAGACUCAAGUCUCGUGGUCGCCCUCUGACCGGUGCCGAGGCGGUCAAAUCUAGCUCCUCUGUUGCUGUGAUUGCCCCCGUCAUUGACGAUAGCCCUGUCGCAAGCGACGAUGAUGAACUGGGCGGAUACGGAUUCUUUGAUGCUGGAAUGUUGCUACAGGCACUCAAAGCUCGCGCUGAAGGAAGUGGAGGUGAUGCUGAGGCGGUCGACGCAACGAAGCCCUCUGAACGUGCUGCUGUGCAGGCACGCCGAAGAGAAGUUGGCAAGAAGUUGCGAUUAGCUGUUGAUUAA